GCACGAAUGCAGCCGAAACGGGUCCGGAGCGUUCCUCGUGAGAAAAUGACGACAUCACACGAUGAAUAGCUCCAAAAAGUAGAUUUUCCACAAAGUCAACCUGACACCAAGUAACGGAUCCCGUAUCCCGGUGUUGGAGGGUUCGGGACCCGGGAGCUGGAGGAUGCUGCGCCUGAAGCGGAUCCGGUCCGGGUUGUGCUGCUAGAGCUCAGCACCGGGGCUAGAUGCUCCGCCUGCAGCCUCUCACCGAACUAAAACCGGAAACUAAACUUUUUUUGCUCGAACUCUUCUCGCUCCGAGGCAGAAGAGGGAAGCGGUGUGGGCCGGGGCGUCACAGACGCAGUUCCUCCUUCCAACGCUGGAAAUGUGUCAGGUUCUGCUCAGCAGACCCACACGGCCUUUCUGUCGAGGAUAGCGGAGGGAUUCGGUUCUGUUCGGCUGAAUAACGGAGCCGCGCCUUCAUCAUGGAAGAUGGUAUUAAAGAGGACCCGGCCCAGCAGAAAGAGCCAAAGUUCCUGAGUAAAGCUGGCUGGGUGAAGAAAGCUCACGGCAGACUGCUGACAAGCUACAAAGAGCGAUACGUCCAUGUGGAGAAAACGGAGAUGGUGGUGUAUGAAAACGAGGAUCUGAAGAACUGCCUGGAAAGACUUGAUCUGGAAAAUUAUGAUACCUGUCAUGAAUUAAAGAGCCCGUUCAAGAAAAAGCACCGGCUGAUUUUGAUCCGAUCCCCCAAGUCUGGACAUAAGCAGGUCCACGAUUUAAAGUUUCAGACUCAAACCGCCGAGGAGAAGGAUGCCUGGAUUAAAGCCCUCUCUGAUGGCAUCAACCGUGCGAAGAACAAGGUUUUUGAUGAGGUGAAGGUUGAUGAAAGCAGCAACUUGGAGCAUGUCACUCGAACCAGACCCAAAGGGAACCGAAACCGGCGCCCGCCGACCAGGAUACACAUGAAAGAGGUGGCUGAUGUGUCGUCUGAUGGGAUCCUGCGUUUGGAUCUUAAUCUCGACGAUGCAGUUAUGCCAAACGGGACUCAGCUCACCAGCACUGACGGAGCCGAGCUCUCUAAAGACGUGCUGCACCCGAGCCCUCAGUCAGCUGGACAGGAGGGCACUGGUGCUGAGCCAGAGGCUGCUUCUCAGAAGGUCAUCAAGCCCCCGAUGCCUCCUACCAAAGAGGCUAAACCCAGUGCAGCCUCUGAGGACCAACCUGAGAACGAUGAUAGUCCAGCGAUAAAGAAGCCACCCAUGCCUCCAUCUAAAGAAGCCAAACCUGCUGAAGAAGCUUCAGAGGAUCCAAAAACUGGAGCCAAGAAAAAGACAGGACCGCCACCGACCCCGCCCGGCAAACCCUUGAUCUCAACAACCACGGUCCGCCCUCCCACUCCUCCAUCCAAAGAGACAAAGCCAUGUCAAGCUGCUGAAGAGCCCACGAAGGAGGACGACAGUGGGAGUGAAACAGCUGUAGGAGCCAAGGAGGAACUAAACGUUCUUCCUCACCUCAGUGAUAAUGACCCUGAGAGUAGCACUGCUGAAGGGGACGUUUCUGAUGGAAUCACUCAGGAGGUGGUGAGCAACACGAGGACGUCUGACCCAGCAGAGCGUCCUCCUCUCUCCACCCAGCACCCAGAAGAGCCCUCAGUCAUCAGCCAGCCUAAAGGCGCACUGGACUCUGAUGACUCAGCAGGUCCCCUCCCAGCACUAGAGGUCCCCCUCCAGAGCAAGGUCCCGUUAGUGGCUGUCUCUGACGCCGACCCGCUCACCGACAGCUUCGGCCUCAGCCCCCUUCUCUCUAACUUAGCUGGAGAGAAGAAGAAGAAGGCGGAGGAGAAGUCUGUGGACAGUGGUCAGCACUCAGAUGAUGAGAGUGAAGGUUCUGGGAGUGAAGACACACUGGCUGCUUCCACAUCGGCUCUUCAGGGAAGCCACGUUGCUCUGGAUGUUCUGGACGUGGUUGAGGACAACAUCCAGACUUCUGUUCAUCUGAGGCCUGCGGCCGAGCUCCAGGUUCGAUCAAACACCCUCUCCUAUUGCCGAUCUGAGCCCAACCAGAAACCCCCCAAACCUCCAAGCAAGCCCAGGUCAGUCUCUAUCGGAGAUCUGCUGUCAGAGUCUUCAGGUUCUCCUCAGCUGGAGCUGAGCAGCAGUGGUGCACCAGAUCCCAUAGUCACAAAGCUGGAGGCUGAAGUAGCGCUGGAGAUCCAAAGAACAAGUGAGCUUCUGAGCAAGGCUCAAGGUGAAGGGAAUGGUGGGGGCAUGCCAGAGGAGCUCCUGGGCAAAGCACUGGAGAAGCUGAAGAAGGCUGACCACGUCCUGAAGGAGGUCCAAAAGCUGAAACGCACCAAAAGCUCGAGCAGCAGGAUGAGCUGGUGAAGGUCACCAGAUCAGAUCCACUCAGGUCUGUUAAACGCUGUCCCACCGAGCCUGGGAGCCCCCCACCGCCACGAGCUGAAGGAUGCUAUGUCAGAUUAAAGACGGUUAAAGUCAAAUCUUUCCAGUUCCGCUGUUUCUGACCCGUUUAUCCAGCUGAGAGGUUCCUAUCAUGUCUUCAAGCUGAAGUCGGAGGUUCAUCCAGAGAAGGAUUGGAUUGGUAAAAUGUGGCGUAAGGGUUCAGGGUUCGGGUUUGGACCAGAGCUUCAGAAUAGGUAGGCAUGAAGGGCAACUGCUUGCUUCUAAACUCCAUUAUUUCUACUCUCUCUUCAACUUGAUGCUUGGUGCUGCUCAGCUUGUUUGGGUUGUUAGAUCUCAGUCACACAUCUGGAGAAAACCCUUGACUCAAAGGGAUUAACAGCAGUUGAAGGUGCAGUUUGUAAGAUUUCUACUGUGAAAUAAUCACAAAACAGUCUAAUGUCUCAGUCAUGUUGGGAGGAAGGUUCUACUGAAGCACAUUUGACAUUUUAGUUUUUGUCUAUUCAAAAAAAAAAAGGAAA